AUGCCUCCAGCGGGGAGUGGCAGCUCUAGAAAGAUCUCUUUCAAUGUCUCAGAGCAGUACGAUAUCCAAGAUGUCGUCGGAGAGGGCGCAUACGGUGUUGUUUGCUCCGCAUUACACAAGCCGUCAGGCCAGAAGGUCGCCAUCAAGAAGAUCACGCCCUUUGACCACUCCAUGUUCUGUCUGAGAACACUGCGAGAGAUGAAGCUACUCCGGUACUUCAAUCACGAGAACAUCAUCUCCAUUCUCGACAUCCAGAAGCCUCGGAACUACGAGACCUUCACCGAAGUGUACCUGAUCCAGGAACUCAUGGAGACCGACAUGCACCGCGUCAUUCGCACACAGGAGCUUUCGGACGACCAUUGCCAGUACUUCAUCUACCAGACCCUGCGCGCGCUGAAGGCCAUGCACUCCGCAAACGUGCUUCAUCGCGAUCUCAAGCCCUCCAACUUGCUCCUCAACGCCAACUGCGAUCUCAAGGUCUGCGAUUUCGGUCUGGCUCGAUCAGCUGCCUCGACUGAGGACAACUCCGGGUUCAUGACGGAAUACGUUGCAACGCGAUGGUACCGUGCGCCCGAGAUUAUGCUUACCUUCAAGGAGUACACAAAGGCCAUCGAUGUAUGGAGUGUGGGAUGCAUUCUAGCAGAGAUGCUUAGCGGAAAGCCUCUGUUCCCAGGAAAGGACUACCACCACCAGCUUACGUUGAUUCUCGAUGUGCUCGGCACACCCACCAUGGAAGACUACUACGGUAUCAAGUCCCGCCGAGCUCGCGAAUACAUCCGAUCGCUGCCCUUCAAGAAGAAGAUCCCGUGGAAGGCCAUGUUCCCCAAGACCAACGACCUGGCGCUUGACCUGCUUGAGCGGUUACUCGCUUUCAACCCCGUCAAGCGUAUUACAGUCGAGGAUGCGCUCAAGCACCCGUACCUUGAACCCUACCACGACCCAGAUGACGAGCCGACCGCCGACCCGAUUCCAGAGGAGUUCUUCGACUUUGACAAGAACAAGGACAACCUGACAAAGGAGCAGCUGAAGCUCCUCAUCUACCAGGAGAUUAUGCGAUAA